GAGAGGCUGGCCGCCAUGCGUUCUGAAUCUCUGGUCCCCGGCACCCACACUCCACCCAUCCGGCGUCGAAGCAAAUUUGCCUCCCUGGGACGUCUCCUCAAACCCUGGAAGUGGCGGAAGAAGAAGAGUGAGAAGUUUAAGCAGACCUCUGCAGCUUUGGAGAGGAAGAUGUCCGUGCGACAGAGCCGAGAGGAGCUGAUCAAGAGAGGUGUGCUGAAGGAGAUCUUUGAAAAAGCAUCCAUUGAAUUCCGAUCCUCAAUGGACAGUGGAGGCUGCACUCAGGACCCCCCGUUUAAGCCAUCCAUGGUUCUGCACCCCAAGAAAUCUUUCACCUACCCAGGUGACCUUCAGGAUACCCCUCCCAAACCACCGUUGUACCACAAACAACCUCCUGCUCUCCCCCCGAAGCCUUUUUCCAGGAUCCCCAACCACAGCACAGAUUCUUGCCAGCCUAUGAAGCUGCCCUGUAUGACUGGGGGGAAGCACUCUCCCCCUCUACCUCCCAAGAAGGUGAUGAUUUGUGUGCCUCCAGGGGGGCUAGAGACCUCUUCCUCCCCGUCUCCAUCCCCCAACGCCCCUGUCACCUUCCCCCAGAAGUGUCCCCCUCUUCAGGGCAUGCCGCUGCACCACAGUUCCUUGCUGCCCUCCCAGCUGUCUGGCCUAUCCGGUCUCCACCAGAGCCACGGCCACCCACUCCAGCUCCAGUAUGGCAGCAUGCAUGCUCCUAGCCGCAUCAUCGAGGAGCUAAAUAAAACUCUGGCGCUCUCCAUGCAGCGGUUUGAAAGUUCUGCGUUGCACGGCGCUGGUCAGUGCUCCCUGCUGGACAGACGAGAAGUCCCGUCUGUGAUCAUCGACUGUGACGAUGACAAGGAGAACAUGCCCAAUGAGUCCGACUACGAGGAUCUUCCCAGCAUGUAUAAAGAUGAGGAGGACGAUGACGACGACGAUGAGGACGAUGAAGAUGACGACUCUCUAUUUACAAGCACCCUGGCUCUAAAGGUGCUCAGGAAAGACUCUCUCGCCAUCAAGCUGAGUAACAGGCCCUCCAAGAGAGAGCUGGAAGAGAAAAACAUCUUACCCAUGCAGACUGACGAAGAGAGGCUCGAGUCCAGGCAGCUGAUAGGCACCAAACUCACACGGCAGCUGAGUCAAAGGCCAACGGCGGAGGAGCUGGAGCAGAGGAACAUCCUCAAACCUCGCAACGAGCAAGAGGAGCUGGAGGAGAAGCGGGAGAUCAAACGAAGGCUAACGAGGAAGCUGAGCCAGAGGCCCACCGUUGAGGAGCUGCGACAGGCCAAGAUCCUCAUCCGAUUCUGCGACUACGUGGAGGUGUCGGACGCCCAGGACUACGACAGGCGAGCAGACAAGCCCUGGACCCGGCUCACAGCAGCGGACAAGGCAGCUAUACGGAAGGAGCUCAACGAUUUCAAGAGCAACGAGAUGGAAGUGCACGAGUCAAGUCGCCAUUUAACCAGAGUCCGUAUGGGAGAGGGGUUUUGUCCCGAUGAGCUCCCCGUCAGCCGGAGCCGCAUCUUCUCCCAUGAUGGAGCUUCGGAGAAGGCUAGAAAGAGUUCCCCACCAGCCACCUUCAGCAUGUGUAAGCAGAAGCAUCAUACCGCCUUAAAAACACUGCCUCCACCUUCCAUGGCACAGGCUUCAGUGCUUCGGCCUGCUGCAUUAUUCAGUGAUGUGUAUUUCUGUGAGAGGCUAUGGCAGGACUCUGUAUGCCUAGGCAAAGGCAUUCAGAAUGUCCCGGAGGUCUUCUGCGGAGUGUGCUGCAGUGGCGUUGUCGUAGGCAUGCUGAAGCUCCGUGAUGAUGGUGCUGCAGACUUUGCUCUCGAAGACCUUCCUCUCAGCCUCUGUUUCUUCAGUUAG